AGGCCGGUACCAGGAAUACUGUCAACGAGCGUACCGGUACAGAGAAACCGAAUUUGACGCAUCGUGCGAAAGAAAGAUUCGAACUAUCAAUCAUCAGUAUCGUCACCAUCAUUGUCCGACCCAAACCAGAAGACACAAAGAAUCAGUCUUAAUAUCAAUACAAGCAAGCGAUAAAUCUCAGGCACUUGUGGUUUUACCGAAGAAUUUUGUUGCUUUGGUCGCCCGGCACUUCCAGAGAUCGCCGAACCCCAACAACCCGUGAGGCAAACCCGAGUGUCUACCACGGCGCGGCGGUACCGCUGUGUUUCUGAGAGAGACGGGGGCCGAGCGAUUCGUCAAYUGCGCAUUCUGUGAUGAUCCGUCCGAUCGGAUCAGGAGCGGUGCUGUGGUGGUGUCUGGCGUCGCUGUCCCUGUCCCUGUAUCUCUCUCUGUCGUCGACAAAACACGAUUGGGCUGUUUCCGCGGGUUCGGCUUCCGCCAAUCCAUUGGUUCGAAGCAGGAGCAGCCCGGAAAGCAGCGACCGAGCCGUUCCCGGGCUGGGCGGGGAACGCGCCGGUGCACACCAUUUCUGCGCGGACGGCGGGAAUGCCGGUGGCGGGGGGGAGGGUCUCUCGCCGAUGCUCUGCCUCCGCCCGACAAACCCACGCGGCCGUCUCUCCCUCCAAACCCUUGGCCGUCGCAACCACGGCUCGAAGGAGGAGAAAAACCACCACGCUGCUCACGAGAAUCCAGAAACGCCCGGCAAAUCCGAAUCGCCCCGCUGCUGCUGGAACGGUCUUCGGAACGCCACGGCGGUUUCCCCUCCAGGGCUUGGCGGCAGGAAUGGACGAACCCUGUCCCCGCGCUCCGAUGCGGAACCCGAUACCCCAGGGAAUGCCACCGGGACACCCGGGAAGGAUUCGUCCGGGUUGCGGCUGCUCUCUCGAAGGUUGGAUCUUCUCCGCGCURCAGAGAGGGUUAGGAACAACGAAAUUCCCUUGCCGCAAACCAUCGCGGGACUCUUUCAACCACAAGCACAACCUCGGCGACACAUUAGGAUUGUGGCGUUCCGCUUCGACGGCGCGGUCCCCGACACCCCGGUGCCACCGCCGCCGCCACCACGAACGGCGGAUUCGAGGUCGCCGCGGGCCGGUCCGGGGGUGGACCUGACGGGGCGGUGGCGGCCCGCMAGGACGAUCUCUUCGUCGGACCUCGUCGACUACGAGGCCUUUCUGGAGGCCUGCUGUUCCGAUGCGAUUUCCUACUGGACGCGGCGGCUCCUGGCGUCCUCCUCGGUGGUGUCCCGGCAGGAGCUCCUGGCGGARCAGUCCGACGGGGGCCGUUUCCUCGAGCUGGUGGACGUCCACCCGCUUUCGUCGGGGGGCUGGAACCGCACUUUUGUGGCCGGGGAAGGAAGCGCCGACACCGUGUACCGGCCGCGCUGGAACCGGCUCGAGGACCCGCAGGGAAAUCCGAUCCUCGUGCAGGCCUACUGGCAGAGCAACGGCACCGUGCACACGACGACGAGCCGGCCGAUCGAUGGCGGCGGCGGCGACACGGACGAAAGGAAAGGAUCCGCGGACGACCCGGGAUGGGUGCACACGCACAUGUACCUGUGGGAGGGCGGGAGCGAGAACGAGAGCGAGAGGGAGAACGAGCGGAGGGUGAUGGUAGUCGAAACCACCUUUCACUCGACGCCCUUCCCUUCCGCACCCGAAGUGGAUCGGAUCACCCGGUUCGAGAGAGACGGYGGAACGAGCGGCGGAAGCCUCUCGGAGGGCACCGCAACGAGAAUGGCCUGGCGGUGGGAAGAAGUCGGCGAGUGAACGAAGGAACAAACGAAACGAACCAACCAACCAAGGGAGGAUGGAAGGAAGCGAGUCAACGGCACGCGCACAGCCCGACGCCGUUGGUAUUGGCAUUGCUCUUUCGAUUCGAUUCGAUUCUAAAUCCUUUGUCGCUCGAUCCCGUGGCAACCAAAAACUAUUGUUUCGUCGAGGGAAGUGCUUGCAGCAGCAUUAUGAUUUUUAAACAUUYAACCCAUUU